CACCGCUGGCCUAGAUGCCCAUCCUACCAUUGCUGUGGCCUGAUGGUAACGCUGCUCACCUUGAUCUACCUGUUGCUGCCAUACGUCAUCAAACUCCGCGUCCAGCUGACCGCGACCUACCUCGCAUCUAACAGCACCACUAAACUAUCUAACGAAACAGAGUCCCCAAACAACCAAGCAGUCAACAGCAGUCAAGAAAGUUUCAGGAAAAAAUAUUUGAUUUAUCUGUGCGAUGAUAAAGUAUAUUGUUUUGGCCUGGGGGACAGGCAAAGGGGGAUAAUCAGCGUGUACCUACUGGCAGAGGUCACGAACCGAACGUUUGGCAUUGUCAUGACGUCACCGGCAGAUUUUUCAGACUUCUACAGGCCGGCACAAGUUGACUGGGCUAUCCCAGAAAUAGAACUUCAGAACAAAAGUACAAUAGAACUACAGGCUCUAGGCACCAGCCAAAACCUACACCUAGAGGUCAUUGACUUUAACUCUGUGUACCCACAAGACGUCGUCUUCCUACGAACCAACCACAGGUUCCUGCACAGCUUAAGCAAGAACUACAUGUACAAGAGACGAUUCCCUCCCUGGGCUCAGGGCACGAGGUGGGAGCUCUACCAGCGGGGGUGGACGCGACUUAUGACCCCAACAAAAGAGUUAAGACAAGAGCUGAACAACGCUCUUGUGAACAUCGUCACCGUUAUUCAAAACGAGGCCAGGGUCUUAAGUCAGUUAGAGAAGUGUUGUAGCUCAUAUAACAAGACUCAUACAAAUGGGUCGCAUUGUUUCGAGGGAGAUAAAUCUACUUCGAAUAAAUCUUUAAUUUUUGACGUUAAAGACUAUACAAACAACCAAUGCCUUAAUCAAACUUGCAUCAGGAGAGAAAUGUGUAUAUCCAAUAUCUCUGGUGCCUGUAUAAACAGCUCGUGUAUAGAUUCAAGAACUAAGUUUUGCUACCGUGAUUUUUGCAUCAAUGACUCAUAUGUUAGUUUUACUCCAAAGACACGCGAUCGGAUUUGUACAGCUAGCAACGCUACAAAUUCUACCACAUCAGUUUCUUUAACUCUCUGGUCGGAAGAGAUGGUGUGUAACCCGGAUGUGAGAACAUCUCGUGGAAACAACGUCUCGCUGGACGCGGUCCGAGACCUGAAGAACUAUGACGUCAUCGACGUGAAUCUCGUGUGUGUCCACAUCCGGUUGGGCCACAGCUCGUCCUUGCCCUUUGAGAACAACGUCAGGAACAAACCGGAAACUGUCGCAGCCGUCUGGGAUUUUCUGGCCGGUUACGUCACCAAGGGAUUCCACGUUUAUCUGGCCACAGAUUCUCAGACGGUACGGGAUGAAGCUAAAACCUUGUUUGGCCAUAGACUACAUGUCAGUUCCAGUCCAAUUGUUCACAUCGCCAGCGUACAGAAAGGUCAAGACAAGCGAGAAGGUUUUAGACUGGCCCUGGUGGAGCAGCUACUACUGACCACAUCCUGUCGGGUUCUCGUCAUCAGCUACAGCGGGUUCAGCAUGAAGGCCGCCAAGAUCCGGGACUUCCUACAGCCAGCGGCUAAAGAACUGUAUAUUUACCGUAAUGGUCAGGUCACGCCUGCCGGGAUGUGGAUGUUGCCAUAGCAACAAGCGUUAAAUUAGAAGACAUUAGUUUUAGUCAUUUUGAUGAUGUGAUUGUGGUAUUAAAAUAUG